UGCACCACGCCUUGUUCGUCCACCCCUACCUCCUCUGUAAAGAGAUGUAUUCGGAAGAGAGCGCAGUCGGGAGCAAUUGGUGACAGGCGGGAGACUGUACUGCAUGGUCUCAUUGUAACGCGGUAACGCUGAGGUAGGUUGAAGUAGCUGUCAGCGUGUGGAGAAAGAACAGAGAACCCUGGAUUGCUUUCUGGUAAAGGGCUCUCCUGCAGAGGGCGCUAACAGUUUUCAAGGUGUUCACAUCAAGCCCAGGCCACGCACGGUGUCUGCGGUACGAGUGACUCCUGUGUCCAGCAUGAAGAGCUCCCCAGAGUUAAUGCCGUCAGAACUAGACCCCACCCGUGUGUGCAAAGGCAAAGGGGCAGUCACGCUCCGCGCCAGUCUGGUCCAGAUCAGUGACGACGACUCUAUCGGCCAAGAGCCCGCUGGGGACCAUGCCAAAAGUGGCUGGCUUGGUGAAGUGAACGGCGACGCCUCAGGAACCGGAUUGGCAGAGGAUGGAAUCUACACAUUGGUGACUGAUCCACCCCAAGUGAACGACAUCGCGCCACACCAGGGCAAGACCCCCGUGAGCACAGACGAGACCUCACGCUGGUCCACACCCGAUCCCCAGAGUACCGCCCCUGCAUCCUACGCCAAGACCACCCCCGCCUACCCGUCCAACUACCCCUCCACCACCUCCGUCAACCCCACCAUCGUCCUACUCCAGCAUAGCAGAGACCCUACGCCGGAGCGAGGCGAAGCUCCAGAGAGGGAGGAGGGACCGGUGGGAGCCCCCGUAGAGGCCUUCUCCGUCCAGCCCGACAUGGACGGCAGACAGGGGACAGUGAGGAUGACUCAGCACGUCUCUGUCGGACACCCGCCAGAGCAACCCCGUCCCCCCAUCAGGAACACGGAGAAAUCAAAGGACUGGUACAAGAACAUGUUCAAGCAGAUUCACCGGCUUCCAGAACCUGUUGAGGAAAAUCCCUAUCGCCCCACGUACGUUUUCCCAGAAUGCAAUGACAGACCGCUGAGAUUCCGAGAUGAUGUGCCUUCCUAUAUAUAUGUGGAAGAAGUAGAGAGGAGAGAACCUGUCUCUAAAAGUGCAGUGGACGCAGUCUCCGGUGCGAAGCUUCCAGUGCCAACCAGAACUUCUUCCCUCAAGCCGGCCACUGAACGGAAUGACUGGGAACCCCCUGACAAGAAGGUAGACACCAGGAAGUAUCGCGCUGAGCCAAAGAGCAUCUUCGAGUAUGAGCCAGGGAAAUCAUCUGUGCUGAGGCGGGAGAGAACGCCUCAGGACAUAAGCCCGGAUGAUGUAGAUUUAGAGAGUGAGCCUUGGUAUAGAUUCUUUUCAGAGAUGGAGUUUGGGAAAGUGAGUGCCCCUACUUUCACCCCCUUGGAGACACCUUCCGAUCUACAGCAAUACUCCUCCUGUAAAACAGGCCACAGCGGUGAGACGGAGAAGGACGGGGGGUCCAACGCCAGCGACCCGGCCGCUCCAGAAUGCGACCGACACAUUUACAAGAGUGUCCUGGAGGGCGGCGACAUCCCCCUGCAAGGUCUGAGGGCCCUCAACAAGCGCCACCCGAGCUCGUCCUCCUCGAAAGGUGGGAAUGGCUAUAUAAUUUCACCCUGCUCCUCUGUAAAUAGUCGGUCGGUCCUUGCCAGUCAUGCGUUAGGUCACCCCUGUAAGGGUAAGAACCCCUUGUCCGCUGCCAAAGUCUGCAUCCCUCAAAUCCUCCCGUCCAAGUUCAAGCCCAGACUGGUGCCCCCUACUGGCGACAGCCAGGACGGGACUGAGACCUCGGGGGCCCAAAAGUCUUCCAGCUGCGAGGGGUCACACAGGGUCACAAACGGGUGCAUAGACGACGAGGAGGAGCUGGAGGAGGAGGAAGAGGAGGCAUUCGCUGCCAAGGAAAAUGCGGGAGUGGGCUUCGAGACGAAGCUGAACGGACUGCCAGAGAGCGGAGUGGAUCAGAGGAACCGCAGAAGCACGCCGGAGUUCUCGGCGCUCUACCGGAACAUGCACCAGAUCCAGCGGCCGAGCUCGCUGGGCUCCAGCCCCCACGGGAGCGUGCGCAGCCUGGCCUCGCUCUUCGAGAAGACGGGCCCGGCGGCUGGCGGUGGGGGCAGGGGCGAGGGGGGCAGCGUCUCCCGGGGCGCCGUGUCCUACCGCGUGACGGAGUUCGAGCAGAUCAUCCAACGCUCGGCCCCCAACACCUCGGCCCCCGUGCGCUCUGCCUCCCUGCCUACCCUCCACAGCGGUCAGAGCCCCUCACACAGCUCGGCCCCCUCCUGCUACCUGGCCUCCGCACUCUCCGCAGAGUCCCUGGCGGUGUCAUGCGAGCCCCCGCUCCCGGCAGGCUGCCCCCUGGGGGCGUCCGGCACUAUGGCGCAUGAGGUGGAAGACGACACCUCCUCGCUGUCCGACAGCGAGCCGGUGGAGGGCCUGUCCUGUUUCGAGCUCCGCAGCACGGCCAGAGCGGCCAGAGCCGCAGCCGCAGCUGCCGCCGGUGGGGGGCCUGACUCUGACGAUACGGAGGCGGACGUGGACUCGGACAGCGACUCCACGGGGAACGCCGCCACUAAGAACUCGUCCUCCUGCGAGGAGGUGUUGGCGCCGGACUCACUCCCCCUCCCACAGUUGCAGCCAAACCACAACCACCACCACCAUAACCACCACCCACAACAGCAACAGCAACAACAACAACACCACAACCACCAUCACCACCAGCACCACCACCCUAACCCCCCUCUCCACCUCCACCUCAAGCCCAGCAAGUGCAAAGGCUCCUGCCCCGCCUCCUACACGCGCUUCACCACCAUCCUCCGGCACGAGAGGCAGCAGGCCGGCAGUAGCCAGCCCAGCAAGCUGCUCUCCCCGCUGGACAAGAAGCAGCAGCACGCGCUGCCCGCCAACCUCCUCCUCAUGGGGCCCGCGCCGUUCCGCCUGCGGCGGUCCCAGCAGGGCAAGCGGACAGGCGCACUGUCGGCCACCCAGGUUCCGGAGCCCCGGCCGCUGAUUCCGCAGCGGCUUUCCUCUCUGGAGGUGAUCGAUCGCCUUAGCAACGGGGAGGGCUCGCCCACGGAGGGCGCCGAGGGUGACGGCGCAGGCGACUUCGGUAACGGGGAGAGCUUGGAUGGCAACAGGAACCACUUGUCGGUAGAGCCAUCUCACCGGCGAGAUUCGGACUCAUCUCAGCCGGCGAGUAAGAGCGACCUCCGGGACAGCCCUGACGAGGGAGCACGAAGGAGAUAUGGAGACAAGGAGGUAAGAAAAAUUCUUGAGGAGCAGAGGAGGUUGAAGCGUGAGCAGGAAGAGGCUGAUAUCGCUUCACGACGGCACGCAGCCAUUGUGCUGACCCACCACCAGUUUAUCACCAAUGACCGCUUCGGUGACCUGCUCACCAUCAAUGAUUCUGAAAAGAGGAAAUCCGGCCCUGAGAGAACUCCCGCCUUGGCCAAGUUUGACUUCAGAGCUGAAACACUAAAGGAGCUCCCGUUUCAGAAAGGCGACAUUGUGUACAUCUACCGACAGGUGGAUCAGAAUUGGUAUGAGGGAGAGCACCAUGGUCGAGUUGGCAUCUUUCCCAGGAGCUACGUUGAGCUCCUCCCUCCCACAGAGAAAGCCCAGCCCAAGAAGAGUGCUCCUGUUCAGGUGCUGGAGUAUGGAGAGGCUAUGGCUCGCUUCAAUUUCAAUGGGGACACUCCCGUAGAGAUGUCCUUCAGAAAGGGGGAGCGCAUCAUCCUGAUCCGCCGGGUGGAUGAGAACUGGUACGAGGGCAAAAUCGCUGGCUCCAACCGACAGGGCAUCUUCCCCGUCACCUACGUGGAGGUGCACAAACGGCCGCGUGUCAAGAACGGAGUGGAUUACCCCGACCCUCCCAUCAGCCACUCUCCUCACCGCAGCACCAACGCUUCCCCCCAGCCGACCCGUAACCGGCUGACCACGGCCCCGCUCCCUCUGCCGCGCUCUCCAGCGCGCUCCGUAUCCCCCGAGGUCAAGUCCAUCUCCAACGAGUGGAUCUCCCUGACCAUGGGGGCGGCAGCCAGCCCCCCGUCCGCCCCCACGCCUCCUCUGCCCCCCCUGCCCUCCGCCUCCUACCGCUGGGGCGAGUACCUGCCCCCGCCGCACUCCGCCAGCCCCCUGCCCCCCCCGAUACCCCCCGUGCCACUCAUCACCGGGAGCCCCUACUGCAUCUCCCCCAUGGGCUCGCCGUCCAACUCGCCCCAGCCCCCUCUCUACCCGCCGCGGCCCAGCUCGGCCACCCCGUUCCUCACCUUCACCCCGCCCCAGGGCGAGGACUUCCUGCUCUCCCCGCCCUCCCCACGCCUCUCUCGGAGCCUGAGCCCGUGCGGGGGAGCUGGCCUGGAGGGCUGGCUGACCGGCGUGAGCCCCCUGGACAGGGAGCUCCAGGACCGGGAGGGCCCCGAGGGCGGCCGAUCCGCCCCGCGCGAGGCCCUGGGCAGCUGGGCCAAUAGCCACGCAGAGCCUCUGAGAAAUGAGGGUGACUACCACGGCCGAUCCUCCAGGAGUCCAGUCAUGCUGUUCGACAUCCAGGACAGCAACAUGAACGCAAACUCCUUCACGGAGGCCGUGUGUAAUGAGAUCAUGAAUAUAGCCGAGACCUCUGUGAGAUACUGCAGCACACUGUCUCGGCCCCUUGACUCUAGGCACAGGCUGCCGCCUCACCCCAGUAAACACUCUCUCAUCAUUUCCCAGCAACCGCAGUCUCACAGCAGCAGUCCUGAACCUGGACGCCUCAGCUGCGGAAUUUUCCAGGCCCUGUAUAGCUAUGUGCCACAAAACGACGAUGAGCUGGAGCUCCAGGAGGGAGACCUUGUCAGUGUCAUGGAAAAGUGCGAUGACGGCUGGUUCGUUGGUACCUCCAAGAGGACAAAACUGUUUGGCACGUUUCCAGGGAAUUACGUGAAGGCCGUCAAUUUGUAAAGUGUACAAUUGUAUAGUCUACCUGAGGUGAUUCUAGAAGUAUACCAUGAAUGCCUGUUACGUUUGGGAUGUCAUUACCAACACGCUUGAGUUUUUUUCCUUUUACGUUUCUUUUGUUUUACUUUCUUGAUGAUUGUUUCCUAGACAGGUGAAUAUAGUUGUCUGCGUAUGUGAUCAGUGAGGGUUGAGGCACGUCAAACAAGCGAACUCUGGAGUCUGUUAUUACAUUCAAAUGCAUGACACAUAAUUGAAUGGGAUCGUGUCACACAUUGGCCCCAAAGGCUAACAUUUAUUUGCUUUCAUUUAGCUUAUUCUGCUAAAUAAAGCAUCACUGAAUAUUCUAAGUGUCGAUAAAGAAUCACUCUAGUUCUAACACUAGCAGAUGAGCAGUAAUGUUUUCUUUCUGAUUCUCAGAGCAUCUAUCAGUCACAACAGAUCGUCAUGCAAGCGUUAUCACCAAUUAUUUAAGCCAAUUAUUCAUGAUGUUCUGAUUGCUGAUUGGGUAACCUCUUUCCUGCAUUUGAAGUCUGAAAAUAGACCCUAAAUGAAUCAAGUGGGAGGUGUUGAAAUGGGACAUUUGAAUCGUGACAGCCAGAGUGAAAGCCAUGGCGCACUUCAGUACCUUUACUGUGUUGCAUACCAGACUCAAUCACAUGAUUUUGUAAUUAGCUACAUGGAAUAGCAUGGCUUCAGUGAUUACUGAAUCCCCCUCACUACUUCAGAGUGUAAUCCUGUGCACAACACUAUCGCCUUGCCAUAUCACUGGAGAUGUUAACAGUAGAUAUUGAAGUAUGUCUUAGGCACAUGAAAGAGUGUAAGAGGCUUAUAGGGCAGUGUAGAGGGGUACAUUGAUUGGGGUGGUCAAUACGACCGCAAAAGGAUCCUUGGAGUCAGUUCAGAGUGCUCUUAGAGUAUUCAGCCUUGUUUUUCUUUGUUGUUUAUUUCCUUUGCAAGAUACCUGCUUUGAUUUAAUCACAAGUCCCAACAACAAUACCUAACUGUACUCUCAUUUAAGUCAAUUGAAUCAGAGUUAAGAAAGUCCACCAUCGCGACUUGGGAGAAUUGAUGUAAUGUAUUUCCAAAGGAAAACCAGUAGCCGAUGGAGAGUGGUCAGUUUCACUGGCAGACAUCACACUUCAUGUGAUGGCACAUACUUGAUGCUUGUCCAACAGGCUAUAUUCCAUGGUUUUGAAUUUCAAAACUCAUUGACCUCAAGUUGAACUGUACUGACUUAUGUGAACUUACAGGGCCGGCUAAGUUUUAAAUAGUCAUGGUAUGGUUUCUUUCAAGGUGUGAGAGGAGUAUACAAUCCCAGUAUAAAUAUGUUCCAUUUCGGUUGAAGUUGUAAAGGUUACACUAAACAUGAAGAUAAAAGCAUUACCUCAGAGAGAAGUCACUAAAAAUCCUCAUAUCAGUUCUUUGUCAGUAUUAUAAAUCUGGCAUACAAACAGUACGACACCAGUUCCAUUGUGCCUGAUACAAUGAAAGCCUCAAUUUUCUAUCAUAAUUACCAGUCUAUUCACCAGUCUCCCAUUUGGUCUGGGUAAUCAAAAAUACUGACUGUUUGGCAUAUUAUUUCUGGCAUUUUAAACAAAUAAUUCACACAUUGAAUUGUCAAAUAAGCAGUCUAUUACACCACUCAGUUGGACGGCUAGUGUUACCUAAAAGUACAACUUGAUGUUGUGACUAUUCUAAGGGUCUCUGCAGCAUGUUCUGCUCUUUUGUGAGAUUUUACAAAAUGCUUAAAUAGCUAGCUGCUAGCAUCAAAUUGAUGCUCCUGAUCCAGUUGCUGUGUCUUUUUGGACUCACACAGUUGCUGUGUCUGUUUGGCCCAUAUAAGUUUUAGGAAUAGAUGGACAGCUAGACAUAGUUACAGUGAAAAUGUCAUUUUACCCAUUAAUUUGCUGUGACAUUAGAUAGUACAUUGGAAUUUCAUGGUACUCUGAUAGAGUCUCUUAAACUCUGUAACAAUCAUGUAAUUGAUUGACCUCAUUUUAAACUCUCCAUGAUAUCUUGCAGUGAAACCACUAUAUAUAUAUAUAUAUAUAUAUAUAUAUAUAUAUAUAUAUAUAUAUAUAUAUAUAUAUAUAUAUAGUUUUUUUUUUCUGUUUUGGUGAGGAACCUGUCACUAGUCAAAGCUCUUCUUACAACUGCGCUUUCCUAUUCAUCCACGUUCACGUCUCUUAUAGAUCCAUUAACUAGUAAAUCUACAUGAGUGAGAUUAGGGCUGAUUUUUAGACACUAACUGGCAAAGUAACAGAUAGCUGUGCAGAAUUGCUUGACAUCAUUUGACUUACACACUGUUCAUUAUACAGCACUUCAUGCUCUAUGAUCAUGCAGUUGUUGGCUGGUUUGCUUUGUUUGUUUUGCAUAACGCUGUUGUACUUGUACUGCCCACACCAAAGAGAGACAGAUGGGAUCAUGUAGAAUUAGGAUUUGCUGAAUUGUUUUGACAUUGUUUAGUGAUAUGGAUAGUUUGACAUCACUUGUUUACAUUGUCAAAUGAUAUAGAUAAUCUGUGUGUGCAUAUGAAAUACCACACUUCCCCUUCGGGGUCAGAAAUUGUCCAACAAGGGCAGAUGGGUCUUGUGAAAACAGCAAUGUCAAAAUAUUAGCAACAAGCGUUAUGACUUGCAAAAGACCCAAAGCACACUAAACCUGUCUGUGUAAUUGUAUUGACCAUAUGUUUUUCUGACAACUUGUCAAACAAGUGGACACUUACAUUAAGAUGUUAUUUAACCAUUUGACUGCUGUUUAACACUUACCUAUUACCAGAUCAGUGUUUUUUGCUAAUACAUUUACAUUGAUCGACUGCAUUGGGCCGUCCAGUGAUAUGAUCACUGUCAGAGUGUUUAUUUUUUUAGUAUUACUGCUCAAAAUCCAGUGUUGUGCCUGUACUUGGAUCAGUUUGGGGCUCUUUUUUGUCAUCAUCACUUUAACCAUGCAUCAUUGUUCCAUUAUGAUUUUAUAAUUGAUUGUAGUCUGUUGAAUGUAGCUGAACAGCAUUCUCAUCAAUAACAGCAUUUUUCCUAUCUGUUUUUUGCUUCUCUUCAUGUCCACUUUAAUGAUUACUUAAAACACACAUACAAACAGUUUAAUUCUACUGACUUUAGUGCGAACGUGGUUAAAUUACAGCAGUCUAAAACUGCCAAGCUUUAAAGAGCAUUUUGGGCUAUAAAAUGCAGAGAGCAUAAAACAGAGAAUGUAAAUCUUGAAAAACAUUUUACAUUUUAUGUAAAAGGUGCUUCUAUUGUGCACCAGUUAAGCAGACCUUUCUUAACCAUCUGGAUACAUGUGUGUGUAGCAUGCCAUGUCAUUGUUUAUUAAGACAGUGAUGCAAUGCCUGUAUUUGGGCUGCAUUAGCUACAGAAAAAGUGAACGGCCAUUUGAAGGUCUAUAAAGACAUACAUCAAUACAUUCAAUAAUUGUCACAGCAAAGGGCGUAGGUAACACAAUGGCAAUUAUAACACACUUAAGGAUAAUUAAUCACAGGUUUCGUAUUUGACAGAGUUCAAUGUACAGUACAUAAUCAUCAGGACUCAGAUGACUAAUCAUGUUACAUCUUUGGCAGAAUGUUAUGGAAUGACUCAAAACAACAAGAAAACAAUGACCUUACUCCAAAAAUGUCAAAGCCCAAUUUUAUCGCAGAUCAGUAGAAUAAUGUCAUAUGCCAGGGGGUGUUGACACUACUUUUACAGAAUAAUUUACAAAAUUGCAGUAGACAUCCAGCGAUUAAUUUCACAGCAUUGAAAUUCAAGGCAUAACAUAUAUAUUUUGUUUUCUUUUGUUUUGGCUCCACAAAGCAUCGGCUGGUGUAUGAAUGUAUUAAUGUGGGGUUACAACCAGUCUCCUUGUAUGUCAAACUGAUCAGUACCUAUUUUGGAGCAUGAACUGAUAUGUAAAACAAUUCAUGAGCUUGUCCUAUGAAAUGUAAAUAUGUAUUAUAUUUAAAAAAAAAAGAUGAGAAUGCAAGUGAUUCAAAGUCACAGUAAAGCUCUAUGAAUAUACCAGUUUAUUUACAGGACCUAGAAGGAUUUGUUUUAUUUUUUGGCAAAGCACAGAGUGAGAAUUGUUGAGCACAGUCUGAAGCAUAUUUAACAUUAUGCUUACCAUUGUCUAUGGACUUAUUCCGCCUUAGGUCACUUAUGUGGUUUUAUUCAAUUGUGCCUCAUUUCCAGCUAUAUUCCCAACAAUAUUAUCACAAUAUUGCAGUGGGCCAUGUGAUUUUGAAGGAUACUUUGAUUGUCUUGAUCACCAGGAUUUAGCUUUCAAGGAAGAAGACAUUUACCAAGUACAAUAGAGAUGAUAGAGUGACAACACUGAGUUGUGUAUCAGUGCUUCUAUACAUGAUUAUUAUAAUCAUGUGAACCUUUGAAGAGAUGCACACAUUGCAGAUGUUCCUUUGUUUGCUUAUUUGCAGUGCUGUUACAAUAUUGAAAGAAAAACAAUAUACUGCUGUGAUUUUCGGUAUUAUUAUGCAAUAUUUAAUAAACUACAUUUAACUACGUA